AUGAAAAGAUUUGAAUCUUCGCCAAGCUACUCAGCCCAUAACGCCAGUGGAAAGAAUGAUAUACUUCCAGCCAAUAACAAAAGUGGGCCUCAUUCUACAAUCCCAUCUGAGCAACCGAAAUCAAAUACUUUCCAUUUGAAGUCAAACAAGUACGUCUCUUUAGCUUACAACGGAAAAUCCAUGCCAUCCUUUCAAUCUAAUCUAAACUUCUCCCAAAGAUCUGGCCAAGUAGUCUCCAACAAAGACCUAUUCGACAAAGACCCAUCCGGCAAAGACCCAUCCGGCAAAGACCCAAUAAACGUGGUACCAGGUAUGGCAGGGGAUGAUUUCACUGGAGAUUGGUAUCAACAUUGGAAAUAA